AUGACCAUCUCAAUGCCUAAUCAGACGGCUGUCACUGAGUUUAUCCUCCUCGGUUUCCCAGGGCUACAGCCCAAUUUCUUUCUUCCAGUCUCACUUACACUGUUUCUUGCCUACAUUGUUUCACUGAUUGCAAAUAGCACCGUCAUCAUAUUAAUUAUCCUGAGAGAACAACUCCACCAGCCCAUGUAUAUUAUUAUUGCCAACCUCGCUCUCUCCGACCUUCUCUUUGACACCAUAACAUUACCUAAAAUUAUUGUCAAAUAUUGGUUCGGAGCCGGAUCCAUAUCCUUCAACUGGUGCUUCUUCCAGCUCUUCUGUAUCCAUUACCUUGGAUGUCUUGACUCCCUCAUCAUUAUGCUGAUGGCUAUUGAUCGUUAUGUUGCUAUCUGCCAACCUCUCAGGUAUCACUCCAUUAUCAGCAAUAAGCUAUUGACUCUCAUCUGUUACUCGUUCUGGCUCUUUGCUCCCCUAAUUGGAUUAGUUAUGAUGCUAAAUGCUGUACAGGUUCCUUACUGUGGACCCAACCGUAUCAAGCACUGUUUCUGCUCCAACCAAGGUGUAAUACAAUUGGCUUGUGUUGAUGUUGCCUUUGAAAGAAAAAUAGGCUUUGUAAUUAGUAUGUGUGUGUUCCUCAUCCCAUUGGCUGUUAUUAUACUCUCAUAUAUUCUCAUAAUCAGGGUUGUGCACUUAUCCGCCAACAAUGGGAACUGGCAGAAGGCAUUUUAUACCUGUACCACUCAUUUAAUUGUCAUUGGCCUGUACUUUAUCCCGAGGUUGUUUUUAACAAGUACCAGUCAGAUCCCUUUGAUUCUCAAUGCUGAUACAAACGUCUUAAUUGUUUUUAUCUUCACAUUUAUCCCCCAUGUAUUUUGCCCCAUGAUUUUUUGUCUUGGAACCAAAGAAAUCAGAAAUAUUUUGGGUCAGACAUUCAAUAGCAUUUUCCUUAGAGCUAAGCACAGAUCCAGAAAGCCAGUAAAAAAGCCCUGUACCAGUAUCAUUCUUAUGGGUCAUUAA